AUGAGCCAACGCUCAACUAGAUGUAGAACAAGAGAGAUCAUCCGACCACUAAUGGAGUGCACUAUUAAAAACAGGAUGAUGCAUCGGGGCAAGGCGUUCAAUAGAGACAGACUAGCCAAGCAAUCGACUGGGAGAAUGAUAGAAACACAAUUGGAUUAUACUGUGCUGGUUGAUAAGAACAUGGCAGCUGAUAACUUCAUAUCCAUCAGUUUAGAUGACAAUGAAUGUGAAAUAUGUCACCAUGUGACACAGGAAGAUCUUGUCACGUGUGACAUAUGUGUGAUGUCACAUGAGAGAGCUAAAGUUCAUACAGAUAUGAGAGCACAUAAGGUUUGUUUCCAAAAGUCUCACGAGAUUCUUCUGCAUAAGUUACCAAGCAGCCCGAAGAAGUCACCACCACCGAUGGCUUCCGUUCACUCGCCGAAACAUGAGGUUUACCAAAAUAUUAAGGGAUAUGUCGGGGAGAAACUUAGUUGGAUAAUGAAGUACGCCCAGGAUCCCCAUUUUGAAGAAUCACGUCAAAACAUAUACGCGUCACAAAAUUAUAAGACAUCGAGUUCAAAUGCUCCAAAUUAUUUUACACUUUCUCCGUUUGAAAGAAGAAAAAAGUUUACAGAUAAGGGGAAAAAGAAACCUGUGUCUAGUUUAGCGCAAAGUCGACGCCAGAGUAAUUCGCACACAGACCUCACCAAUCUAGAUAACAAUGACAAUGAAAAUGGAAACUCUAAAGAGAAACAAAUUACUGACAAUCCAUCAGCCUAUAGUCGUACAAAAUCAGAUGGAAAUGAAGGCCUUGCAAAAUAUACUAGACAUAAUAAUAGUGAUAAAAACAAGAACACUAGAAUCAGCCAAGUGAGAAACAUUAAUUUAGGAAAUGAUUUUCUGAGCAGUGACCGUGAUGAUGAUAUUAACAUUGGAAGACAUGCCUUUCUCGGGAAGCCACGUCAAAAAACAAAACAUAAAGAUUUGUACUCAAAGCCUGACCCUCCAACUCCUAAGCCUACACGCAGAGUCCCCAUAGACCUGUGUACUUUGCGAAAAAAGUCUGUAGUGGACCUUAGAGUAACAGUGAGCUGUCUGAAACAACAUGUACAUGAUGUCUCCUCACAACUUGUUGAACUCCUUCAGGAGCGUCAGUGUGCAAGGGAGCACCUUGACAUGCGAAAAGUUGCCAUUGAACAACUAGUGAAGAUGCAGAGUAAAUCUUUGCUGGAUGUACCGCCAUUCCCUGAUCCUAACAUCCCACUAGGAGACUCUUAAAUGCACAUGUGUAUGGUAUUAUCGGUACCAAUUAACACAUGAUAGAAGAUUCAUAAAUUGUACAUGUAUGUGGUAUAUUGUACCAA